UUUUCACCUGUAUCAAUAUCACAGACUGUACGUCGCAAGCGGCGUCUUUCUGUUGAUUCAACAGCUUCAAGCACUUUUGUAGUUUUGAAAGGAUCGCUGUAAACCGAUCGAUGUCGUCGGCUUUCAAUUAUUUACGUCUAUAAACCUAAGGCAGCUUACAAUGAUCACCGAAUAAAGUGAAACAAAGUUCAGUAAAGUGCCGAGAAGUGUGAACUGAUUGACUAGCUGUCGCGGAAAACACCAGUACGUUACACUGCGAAACUAGCGGAGAAGACAUGAGCUCCAAAACGCUGACGAUCCCAGCUCGUUUGCUCCGCGACCGUUUCCACAAACCUCGUCGCGCGGGUCCGGUGCGGCUGUACCAUCGGUCCCCGCAGGUGAUCGCGGGAAGGACCGUGCGCACCGUUGACCUCCGCAGCGACACGGUCACCAAACCCGGAGCAGUCAUGCGCCGAGCCAUGGCCGAGGCGGAGGUCGGAGACAACGUGUUCGGAGAAGACCCUACGGUUAAAGACCUACAGAAAAUAGCUGCUGAUAUGUUCGGCAUGGAAGCGGCUUUGUAUGUCCCCUCAGGAACAAUGAGUAACCUGAUUGCAGUUAUGGUGCACUGCAGAGAAAGAGGUGAUGAGAUGAUAGUAGGUGAUCUCUCUCAUAUUCACGUUUAUGAGCAAGGAGGAAGUGCACAGAUUGCAGGCGUCCAUUCUGCAACAGUCACUACUCUUGGUGAUGGGACCUUUGACCUCAACCAGCUGACUUCCAAGAUCCGUCACGAUUACCCUAACCCACACUACCCACGCUCUCGCCUGAUUUGUGUGGAAAACACGCACAACAUUCAGGGAGGCCGCGUCCUCCCACUCUCCUUCCUGCAGGAGCUUCGGUCUGUGGCUGAUGAGUUCGGUUUGGCUGUGCAUAUGGAUGGAGCGAGAGUUAUGAAUGCAGCCGUGGCUCUGGGAAUCCAACCCUCUGUUAUACUGCAGCACUGCCACUCUGUCAGUGUGUGUCUGUCUAAGGGACUCGGGGCGCCUGUGGGCACCAUGCUAGGUGGGUCAAAAGAUUUCAUACAGAGAGCAGUACGUGCUUGCAAGGCACUUGGCGGCGGAAUGCGCCAGUCGGGUAUCUUGGCAGCAGCUGGAAAGAUUGCCCUGUCAGACAUGAUUGGCAGACUGGAGGAGGACCACAGGAAAGCCAGAAGCUUUGCUCAAGCAUUGUUACAGUGUGACCCUCCUCUGUAUGAGUUGGAUCUAAACAAUGUGGAAACCAACAUUUUGAGGUUUCGUCUUCAGGACACCCAGAUGAGCUCAGUGGAGUUCUGCGAGAGGAUGGCAGGGGUCGAUGAAGAAGAGGUGAAGGCUUUGGGUCAGGGGGUCCAGGUUCUGAUGUUCCCCCAUGUCGGGGGAUCAGUCAGGGCUGUGUGGCAUCUGGGUAUCAGCGAGGAAGACACUCAGCUGGCUAUACUGAAAGCUCAGUUUGUAGCCCAACAGCACAAACUCAAAUCUAACAGGAUAUCAUGAGAAGAGCCUUCACAUUCAUUCUAUUGGUCCCACACUGUAAAAAACAAUCUGUAAAAAAAAAAAAAAAAAAAAAAACGGCGGCGACUGCAAGAUAUUUGGUAACAGCAUUUUAGGUUUUAAAUUUACAGUUAAAUACCGUAAUUUACUUAACUGAUACGAUGUUAAUUUACCAAAGAAUUAAAAGUACCGAAAUCAGUUUUGUAUUUUUGAAAUACACUGAUAACCACCAAAUGCAGGUGGUGAAUGUCACGUGAUAGACCAAAGCCCAUCACAAGCAGCUUUUAAAAAUAGACAUAUAUAGAAGGUACUCGGUGUCAUUCGUGUGAACACUAAACACCGUCAUGGUGAGACUCAAACUGAAAUAUGCAAUAAACAUUCAUUUAACAACAUGUAAAACAAAAAACCCUAAUAAAUGCAAUGCAGGGCAUUCUGGGAAUGUCAGUUUAUUUACCAUUAAAUUACCAUUAAAAAAUUAACCGUAACAUUUCCAGUUUUUCUACCAUUAAAAUAAUGCUAAUAUUUUUUACAAUGCAGAGACCUUUUUUAAAAAAAAGAAACCUGUAAAAACUUCAAAAUGAAUUAUUAUAUUCUGAAAAUGAAUUAUUAUAUUCUGAAGAAUAUAUAUCCUCAAAUGCAUAUUUUGCUUCAAGACAGGAAUCUUAUGUAAUGUAUGUUCAUUUAUAACAAUUUAUUUUAUUAUUCCAUUAAGUCAUAAUCAUUUAUAAGAAUCAUUACAGUGCUUGUAUAUUCAUUCAUUGAUUAGUUUGUUAAUUAGUCGUUGAUGCUUGUUAUAUUUUUCAACUGUUGAUUGGUGUUAUAACUAUAUUGUAGAGGCUGUUUGUCUCCAUGAAUAAGAGGGAAUGUUUGUGGAAAUGUAAUGUUUAUGGGACGUUGUGAAGCGGUUUGGUAUAACAUUAAUUGUUGAGGUUUGUAAAUAUUGAAAACAGACUAUUCAAGAAACUGCUCGUUUUUAAUAAUUUUAUCACUUUAUCACUCAUCACUUCUUGGCUGAAAGAAGGCUGCUAAUAUAGUUUAUUUUGGGUACCAGACAAGACUUGCUGUUAAUGAGUUUUGGUAUUAGACUACUUUGUUGACUAGUUGUUUUGUUACAGAUAAAACUAGUAUUUUCUGACACAAUCAGGGGUCUCAUUUAUAAAGCGUGCAAACGCACAGAUUUGAUCUUAGAGUGUGGAAACACUUUUAAAUGCACGCCAGUGUUCACUUGUCAAAAAUGUCUUUCACAUAGAAAAAUGCUUAGUGUCACGUCAGGGUCUGAGCAGACGCACAAACGUUUUAUUGUUGGAGUAUUGGUUUUUGAAAAUGUUAGCUGUUGCAGUUUGCUGUUCUAAAUUACUAUGAUCUGUGAUAUUUGAUAUGCUAAUGACAUUAAUUAGGAGUCUUUUACAAGGCAGACAGCUAAAACCAUUCAGUUGCUUUCAAGUUCAUGACAAUUUGAGAUUCAUAGAUUUCGCAUUUGAAAGAGGGGCUUAUGUGCAUUUUCUGUUUGUAUGUUUAUUCUAUGAAUCAAAAUGUACAAUGUACGCAUAUUUGAGAAAUGAUCAUAAGGUUUCUGCACAACAUUUUAUAUAUACAAGGAUAAUGGUUUUUAAUAUAUAUUUGUCAUACACAAUUUAAAUUAAGCAAGUUAAUUGGGCAGCUUUUAAUUAUGCUGGAAGACAUGGUCAAAUAUGAUCUAACACUACUUUGAAUAAAGUGGGUAAGUCCUUGCUGUUCAA